UUCUAGUGCCACCAGAGGGCAUUCAUUCAUCCUUUCCAUUGAAUGGCUCCUGCCUAUGAGUGACCUGUGUCUUGACUGCUUGGAAGGGGAGUGAAGGGCCAGCAAUGGUGGGUCAGUUCUGCGGGUCAGUUCUGGCUGCAGAGAGUUGGCAGAGUUCUGGAUUUCACUGGAAGCCUCUUGCCAGCGGCAGGUUGAGCCUUGCCUCAUGAUGGCUUCCCAGGUGUGCCAGAACUACCACCCCGAGUGUGAGGCUGCUGUGAACCGUCUGGUGAACCUGGAGCUGUCUGCCAGUUACGUCUAUCUGUCCAUGGCCUACUAUUUUGAACGGGACGAUGUUGCCCUCGACCACACGGCUGCAUUCCUGAACGAGGAGUCCCUCAAAAAGAGAGGGUAUGCGGAGGAGUUCCUGAGCUACCAAAACCAGCGAGGGGGACACAUCAUCCUUCAGGACAUCAAGAAGCCGGACCAGGAGUGGCAGAACAGCCUGGGAGCCUUCCAGAGCGCCCUGCGGCUAGAGGAGAAGGUGAACCAAGCCCUCCUGGACCUCCACCGACUGGCUACCGAGAAGGAGGACUCGCAUCUGUGUCACUUCCUCAAGUCUCGAUUUUUGACGGAAGAAGUGGAGACCAUCAAGAAGCUGGGAGACCACAUUGCCAACCUGAAGCGUUUGGGAGUGCCCCAGGACGGCAUGGGAGAGCACCUCUUUGACAAGCUCACCUUGGGGAACAGCAGCUGAACCGGCAGCAAUUCUUUAUGUAGGCCAUGCAGUAGACCACUGAACUUCUUAGA